AUGGCAACCCUCAAUGCACAAGAAGGUCAAUCGGUGGUAAGACCUCCUUUCUUUGAUGGUAAUGACUUCUUAAAUUGGGCCAUUCACCCAACUAAGAUUGUAGAUGGAGUGCAUAUAGCUAAGCCUAAGGCUGAAUGGAGUGAGCAAGAGAAAAGAAGAGUGGCUUUAAAUGAUAAGGCUAUUCAUGUUCUAUUUUGUGCAUUAAGUAGAAGUGAAUAUAAUAAAGUGUGUAUGAAGUCUACUGCAAAAGAAAUUUGGGAUGCUUUAGUGGUUACUCCUGAGGAUACUAGUCAAGUAAAAGAGAAUAAGAUGGAUUCCCUUAUCUAUCAAUAUGAAUUGUUCAAGAUAAAGUCAGAUGAAACGAUAAGUGAAAUGUAUGAUAGAUUUAUGGAGAUUAUAGGAGGAAUUAAAUCUCUUGGGAAGACAUUCACAAAUGAGGAGCUAGUAAAGAAGAUUUUAAGAAGUCUUCCUAAGGAGUGGCUACCCAAAGUAACUUCACUCAAGGAUUCCAAGGACUUGAGCAAGGUACAACUUGAUGAGCCCUUAGGAAAUCUUAUUGACUAUGAGAUGACCCUCAAAAGAGAGCAAGUGGAGGACCCUAACAAAGCCAAAAAGACCAUUGCCUUCAGAAGAUGA